UAGCGCGGAACCGUUUGAUGAUCUAAAGCGGAUCCUCAUGGUUCAGUUUGCGGAAGUAGCUUCACUGCACUAGUAAAGUAUUGAUUUAGAUUAGUUUUUCAGCUCGGCUUUUAGUCUACACAAUGCGGUUGAGAUGUUGGCUGCUGUUUGUUGUGUGUAUUCCGUGGAGUCUGUCUGUGACAGAAGGAGUCGAGCCCAUCAGCACCAGCAUUGCUGUCGGGAUGGCAUCAGCUGUCACCUGGUUUCUAGUCAGCUAUCAAAACAUGUUUUACUCUUUUAGCGAGUGCUGUAAAUCGGACUGGAUCUCAUACAACAAAACAGGGCUGAAGCAUGAUCUCCAGACAAAAUUGUUCGGGCAGCACAUCGCCUCUCAGGUCAUCCUGAAAGCCGUCACGGGGUUCAUGAACAAUAAAAACCCAAAGAAGCCACUUGUUCUGUCCCUCCAUGGCUGGACCGGUACUGGGAAGAACUUUGUGAGCCAACUUAUAGCCGAAAAUAUUUACCACAAAGGAAUGUCGAGCAGUUUCGUUCAUCUGUUUACAGCCACGGCACAUUUUCCUCAUGAGGUCCACAUAGACACAUACAAGACGCAAUUGCAGGAAUGGAUAAGGGGAAAUGUCUCCAUCUGUGCACGCUCAGUGUUUGUUUUUGAUGAGAUGGAUAAAAUGCAUCCUGGCCUAAUCGACGGUAUAAAACCAUAUCUGGACUUCUAUGACAACCUGAACGGAGUGUCGUAUAGACAGGCGAUCUUCAUCUUUCUCAGUAAUGCAGGAGGAGAAAACAUCGUUCAGGUGGCUCUGAAUUUCUGGAAGGACGGAAAAGAACGUGAGGAGAUUCAGCUGAAGGAUCUCGAGACUGCGCUGUCACUGGCCGUCUUCAACAACAAGAAUAGUGGUUUCUGGCACACAAGUUUAAUCGACAAGAACUUGGUUGAUUUCUUCGUGCCAUUUCUUCCGUUGGAAUACAAGCACGUCGUCCAGUGUGGUUUGGCUGAGAUGGCGGCGAAGGGUAUUACCCGAAAUGAAAAAGCUGUCGAACAGAUGGCUCACGAUCUCAAUUACUUCCCCAAAGAAGAACGUGUCUUCUCCAUGCAGGGUUGCAAAGUCAUCUCCAGCAGAUUGGACUUCUAUAUUUAAAUGAGCAAGAGAGAAAACAAAGUUUUCAUAAGUGCACAUGAUCCACUGUGUGCUUUCUUGUGUGGAUCGCCACUCUGUCCAUCAGAGAUGAAACAUUACACAGAGAUUUGUAGUGGUUUACGUGUGCACUAUGAUGUCACACUCUUAAGACUGAUGAUGAAAGCAUGGGGGGAUUUUUUACACGGUCUGAACGUUGUCUCGAGGAACUGUUUAAUUCAUCUUGAAGGUUAUAUCCUUGUUUUUAAGGAUGUAUUUGAUUGAGAUGAAGCUUUUUUAAAUGACUUUGCACUCACCAAUACACUGGCUAUCAGCUAUUUUAUGUCAGUUGGUUAUCAUGUGGGAAAAAAAUAAUUUGACUUUAUCUUUAUUGUCAGUAUGCAUUUCAUUUUUUUAAAGAAAAACACGAUUCAGCUUAAAUCUCAUUUUACAUACCGUUGUCACAAAUGAAAGUGCCUGUUUAACAAACAACAACACUACAAGCACACUUGAGUAUUGAAUACUGCUGAGAAACAUGUCAAUAUGUUCUCCCUGUGUUUGUUUGAUGAUCUCAUUGAUGAUCUGUCUUGGGUUAAUUGUACAAGGUGUAUAAAUGUUUGUUUUAUUUUUUGAGAUCCACUGUGAUAAAAUGGUAACAUAUUUAAAGGA